AUGGACGCCUACCCGGAAGAUUAUGUCGUCAACAACCUCCCGUUCAUCUUGCUAUCUGGAUUAGAAGCAACCGCCGAGGAUGAUCCGGAACCGAAGCAGGUCGAAUAUCCUCUUCUCCACGAGAAGGGAGUGAGAAUAUACUCCGAUUUCCCGCCGUUGAACGGCCCAUCCGCAACGGCAUUGCGGGAUGUGCUCGUGGGUGAGGAUGCGUCGGCCGCUCCGUGGGAACCGCGAGAGGGCCUCGAUACCGAAUCUCCCGGGAUAAAAUAUAAGAUCAAGAGUGUUGGUCGGUCCUACAGUCUUCCCCCGCGCAAAGCUGACCCCCCACCUGUGUCCCCUCCGACAAGUCCGCCGGCUAGACAGGGCACUGACAUAUCGCAUGCGUCCCUAAAUCUUCACUCUCCCAUAUCUCCAUUGACUCCCAGCUCUCCGACUUUUCCAGAUGGGUUACUUACACCGCUAUGGGUCACGAAACAUCAGAACUUGGUUCCAGCCGCCGUGAUCAACUUCUUCCCUUUCUGUUUAGACCAUAAUAUGAGCUCUUUACGCGACAAUCAGUUGAAGAUAGAAAUCAACGGCCUGAGGAAGGAAUGGUCAUCUUCUGGCUACAAAACCCGUUUCAUAGUGGUAUUGCUGUCUGAAGAGCCGCACAGUGGCUAUAUCGGGGACGCGGAUGAUCGGGUAGCAAGCAUUCGCAGGGCGACCAACCUAGAUCCGAAAUCUAUUUUUCUUCUCCCAUCAGAUGCAACCCCGUUGGAGCUACAAGAGUUUUCUCGGUCCCUUCUGUCAAUGCUUCAGCCGUCGAUAAUAGAAUACUAUCGAGACCUGUCAAAGCAUGCCAGGCGAAAGCGAAACCGGAGCACCAUACCUCCCCCAACGGCGCCGCCAACAACUGGAACCUCCCAAACCCUCUCGCUGCAAGGGUGGAAUGUCCGAUACGAGUUCAAGAUGGGGAUAUUCGCUGAAUUUCGGCAUGAGAUGGAUGCCGCGCUGAGAAACUACGAAAGCGCCUACGAGACUUUGUUUGGGCAGGAGGUCUUUGAGAAUAUUGCUGGAUGGAACCCAAGGUUUAAUGAUGCACGUCUGUUAGCAGAUGCCAUUGCCAUUCGUAUUAUUCGCUGUCUGCUCUGGUCCGGGCAGACCACUGCCGCGGUGCGGUCAUGGGUGAGCCACCGAGACCACUCUCAGGACAUCAUCAACAGACGCGGCAAAGGAACAAGAAAUUAUGGCUGGGAGGCCUGGGAGGCUAGAUGGUCCAUGGUAAUGGCCGAACUAAUACGCCAAGCCAGUAUCCCUUAUUUCACCUCGGUCGGGAUCACUCAGGACCAGUUCCGCGAGCAUUUUUCGAUUUUCGUGCCUCGAGAGAAGAACAGCUCUCAUGCCGACACCCCCUGGGAACAACUUCAUCAUGAAGGGUACUGGUUGUAUCGAUCGGCGAGACAUUCUAUGUAUCGCCGAACUCUGGCGGAGCAGAUUCCUGACGAGGACCGGAUCCCGCCAGGGCAGUCCCCUGCUUCUCAAAUUGCGAGCAAAUCGUAUCUAUACGACACGUACCUCGCCCCUGAGACUCAUUUAGAGGCACCUCAAGCAGGCUCUACCGGCUUCGACCACUCAUCUCUUAUACUACGUACUCUAAAAGCCGCGCUGGAGGAGUUUGCAAAACGAAACCAAACCAGAAAAACAGAAAGCCUUACUUUGGAGAUAGCAGAGGAGCAUAUGCGCAAGGGUUCUUGGGCAGAGGCUUUUGAUCUACUUCAGCCGCUUUGGUCAACCCUUACCUGGCGACGUUCAGGGUGGUGGCAACUCAUGGCAAAAUUUGGCUGGGCGCUGCGAGAGUGUGCUUUACAGGUACAAGAUAGUGAGAUGGUGCUCCGGGUAGAUUGGGAGUUACUUCAUGACGUCUUUCAACCGAGACUUGACUGGCAGUAUGACCUGCAUCACAGCCUCGAAGACCUUCCAUUGGUGAUGCCUAAGCCAUCCAUCGUUCUUAAAGCGGAAGAUAUUCUAUCUAGUGCCACUGCUAGCUUCGUCUUCGCAAAUUCUGAAGGGAACGUUGGUGAACCCCUUCGGGGUCAGAUUGCGAUUACAUCAUCCGCUCAGAAGCUUUCGAAACCAAUCCGAUUUUCCGAGGUUAAGGUUGUUUUUGAGGGCUGUCUUCGUCCAAUUAAACUAGAGUCUGAUCACAACACGGAAACCAGUACGGAAGCUGCUUGCACGAUAUCCUCACUCUCAUUACGCGAACCGAAUAUAUCUGGCGAUUCGUCGUCGUUGCAAUCGCCUACCAAUUGCUUGACAGCCCUCGUCGGUGCUGCCGAUCUGACCCUUGGGCCUUCCCAGACCAAGGUGUUUGAUUUGACAUGUAUUCCUCGAGAAGCCGGCGACUGUCGGGUUGCGUCCGUGGCCCUUGUUGUCGAGGAGGAAAAGUUUGAUAUGGCGUGUGUGGCCACGGAUAUGUCCCAGCAGGAGUCUUUCUGGUGGCGCCAUGGCGCGAAAGGCCCAAGCCGAAGACGAAUUGGCAAAGACCGGGAUACAACUCGAUGUAAAAUCAUGCCCAAGCCGCCGAAGAUUCGGAUAACAACCCCGAAUCUCCGAGAAAAUUACUACACCAACGAAAGGAUUAUUCUGAAGAUCGGCAUACACAACGAAGAAGAUGAGGCCGCAGAUGUUUCCACCGAGAUUCGACUAUUCGGUCGACCAGAAUCUACUGCCAAGAUUCUAUGGCUCGAUGAAGAAAACUCAUCAGAUGCCCAGAACUCCGAGCGGAGCUCCCCGAUUGAGGGUAUUGCUCAUUUCGCGAAGCGGCCGAUUGGCGUGAUGGCGAGUCAGUCACGACAGGAGCUUGCCAUAUUACUCACAGAUACCCACGACGCUUCGGAUUAUGAGCUUGAGAUAUCCUCCGUAUACCACCUGGUAUCUGACAUUCAAACACCUAUACUCGCAUCGCUAAGGGUUGGUUUAUCUGCCAUCCGACCGUUCGAAGCAAAUUACGAGUUCCUUCCUCGUCUGCAUUCUCAACCAUGGCCAGAUUUCUAUUCGGUUGAGGAUACUUUACUUGCUAGUGAAAGUGAGGGCAAGGCCGGGGGUCUGCAGCAACGAUGGAACCUAAAUUCUAAACUAGUCUCAUUUGCACUGGAGCCUCUUAUUAUAGAAAAAGUGUCCUUAGUGCUGCUCGGGAUCGCUGGCGGAGCCACUUCGGACAUAGGGUUGGAGGUGGCUGUCAGUCCCGAAACACCAGAACUUCGCCCCGAAGAGCUCCGCGAAUCCAAUUUCGUUCUGGACAUACAGAAGGCGAUACUAGGCGAUCGGCGGCCUACAGCGCUGAAUCUGGCAUUGGAGGUCCAGUGGCGCCGAGUAGAUGACUGUGAAUCGCCUCAAGAUAGUGUCACUACGAGACUUGCUAUUCCUCGUUUCGUUGCCCCGGCCGGCGAACCUCGUGUGCUUGCCUCGGCGACGCCGUCUAAGAUCCUCUCUGGCCUCAUACACUUAGACUACACCGUUGAGAAUCCGUCGAUGCACUUCCUCACGUUCAACUUGACGAUGGAAGCCAGCGAGUAUUUUGCGUUCAGCGGCCCAAAGACAAUGGUUGUGCAACUAGUGCCGCUGAGCCGGCAUACUGUCCGGUUCAACUUGUUGGCGUCUAAGAGGGGAUUGUGGAUUCAACCUCAACUCCUUGUGGUGGACACGUACUUUAACAAAACUCUGCGAGUCCUUCCGACGGAGGAGAUGAGAUCUGACAAGAAAGGAACCCUGGUAUGGGUCGAUGCAGAUGACUAG